GGAGAGCCUUCUGUCUGUGCCCUCUUCAGCCCUUCGUGGUCUUCAAGGUCCAGGUCCAGCUCUGGACCCUGAAAGGGCUAAAAAAAUGCCUCCUUGCUUGUGGUGGGAAGCAGGAUUUUGAGGAAGUCAUCAGCGGAAGUGAGGAUUUCACCACCUGGUCCCCAAGGAGUUCAGCAGCCUCGCUGCCGUGGGGCUGGCGCUGUGUUCCUCAGUGGAUUUCUGACAGUCUGAUGGACAGUCCUGCAAGGAGAGGCACCUUCAGCAUGGCACAUAAAAGCCAAGAAGGUGAAACUGAGAAAAACGUGUUGUUCCCCUCCAUCCUCUACUCUAAGAGGGAGGUAAAGGAAGGAUCCCUGCAGUGGGUGAAAGAACCCCUCAAUGGCCAGGUGCUCAUGAUGCUCAGCAUGGACAACAACUGCUCAGCCACCUCCUUUGACAUGGAGCUUUGUGCAGAGAAAUUGAAGUCCCUUGGGGUUCAGGUGGCAGAGGAUCAGUGGAGAAGGUUAAUCCAGGAUGCUGUCCUGAAACCUGAAGUGAGACGAUACAUGUUCUACAACUCCAGGGUGCUCCAGAUAGCCAUGGCCAUGGUUUUCUACGUGUCUCUCUGGACAAACAUUUACUCCACAGUCCAGCUGUGGUCCUUCGGACGCUACUGGGGGACCAGCCUGCUGGUGACCCUGGCUGCUGUGGCCAUCACAGUGGCUGUGAUCCUGGUUAUUGAUCAUCACCAGAGGAAGAUAAACCUGAACACAGAUGUCAGGCUGGCAGCUGCCAAUGAAAUCUUUAUCAAACACAGUUUGAUUCUAGGAGUUACAGAUGUCCUGGAUGGGCCACACUACAUCCUACAACUGUGGUUCGUGCACUUCAGCCCCCAGCUCUGCCUCCAGUCCUUGUCAGCCCACAUCAUGGACCUGCAGAGGACACAAGAGUCGGGCUUGCAGCAGAGCCUGGACCAGCUCUGUGUGGUUAUGGAGGUGGUGGUUCAGCCUGACCCAGAUUUGGAGGAGGAAGCCUCACGGGAAGAGUCCCCUCUCCUAUCCAGUGGAGUGAACCUCAACAAAAAGCCUGUGACAUGCAAGGAGCUGCUUCGUCUAGUUCCUGAGGGUCCACCAGAGGUGAUGGCCCAGCAGCUCCUGGUGAUCUUCAGUGGAUGCUACGUCCGGCUUCUGGUCACUGGUCGGCUCCCUCGGGCUGUGGAAGGGGGACACUUGGAGCACAGCAGUGUCCCCUGUAUCUGCCAGUUCAUCAAGACCACCGUGCUCAACACACACCAGUGUUGGUGACCAAAGGGGGCUGGCAAACACUGGAAUAGGAGCUCUCCAAGCACCACAGUGUGAAGAAACCAUGAGGCAGAGAGAAGGCUGUAAGUGCCCAUCCUGAACUUGUCAGGAUGAAUGAGUGGAAAUAUGACUGUAAUAAAAUGUGAGAGACACCAGAAA